AUGAUUUCACUGUUCACUCUCGUUUUGGCUACACUUCCAAUUUAUUGGGUGUAUUCGAACAUAGUAGGAUUACAAAAGAAUAUUGCAGCUGCUAAACGUUCAGGUUUAACAUAUGUAGUAACGCCGAUUAGCCUUUAUAAUCCAUUUUGGUUAAUAACUCAUCGUGUGUGGUUACCUUUCAUUAGAAAGCUGCCGACAACAUGGACAGAAAGUUGGAUUGAUUAUAUGACACCAGAUUGGUGCUGGGAGAAACUUUACCACCCAUUUGCCAAAAACGGCGAUGCAUUCUUAACCGUUUCCCCUGGAUCAAUCCUUGGAUUUAUCUCAAAUGCAGAAGCGACGCAUCAGAUCACAAGUCGUCGAGAGGCCUUUCCCAAACCUCUUGAAUCGUACCGUAUUCUCGAGAUAUUUGGUCGGAAUGUUGUAACGACCGAAGGAAUUGAAUGGAGGGGACAUAGAAAGAUAUCCUCACCAAGUUUUACUGAAAGGAACAAUGCGCUAGUGUUUGCAGAAUCUUGUGCACAAGCACAGGGAAUGUUGAGAAGAUGGUUGGGUCCUGACGGGAGAGGAAAUGUAACUUUGAAAGAAGUUCCUACUGAUACCAUGAGAGUUACAUUGCACAUUAUAAGCAGGAUUGGAUUCGGGGUUCGUCUAUUGUGGCCAGGAGAGAAAGCGAGGAGCAAGGAGCAAGAAUCCGUUUACAGCAGUAAUGAAGCGCCUGAAGGUCACACGAUGAGCUUCGAGAGAUCUUUGAGUACUCUUUUAGAGACUUUAGUCUGGGUGCUAUUUCUUCCUAAAUGGCUCCUGAGAUUAAUGCCUUUUGAUUCCGCCCACAAAGCAUUAGAAUCUUUUGAAAAUUUCGGUCAGUACAUGAACGAGUUGUUUGCCCAAAAGGCUCGGGAUGCUAUGGAGAGUAAGGAAAGUGAGGGUAUGGAUAUUAUGGGCUUCCUAGUGAAGAGUUCAUACGGUCCUUCAAGUGCGCCGGGGUCUACUAAACCGUCACCGGACCGAGUCGAAAAAGGGCAAGCUAACAAAGUCGCUCUCUCGGACUCGGAAAUUUUGGGAAAUGCCUUCGUCAUGAUGGUCGCGGGUCAUGAGACGACCGCGAACUCGGUCCACUUCUGCCUCGUAGAACUAGCCAUCAGCCCUAGAUCGCAGCGACAAGUCCAAGAAGAAGUGCAAAAAAUCUUUGGCGAUGAAUCUCCUGAGACUUGGGAUUAUGAGAAGAAUAUCAACGUCCUCAUGGGUGGUAUGGUCGGAGCCACUCUCAAUGAACAACUUCGCCUCAUGCCUCCCGUGGUCAAUAUUCCUAAAUCAGUUGGUCAAGGUCACGAUCAAACAAUUUUCAUUGAUGGAAAGAAAAUAGCUCUCCCCGCUGGGGCACAUAUCAACCUUAAUACAAUAGGUCUCCAUCGAAACCCUAGGUACUGGCCAACUGAGCCCUCGAAAAUCACCACGCAGAAUAACGAUCUCGAUGACUUUAAACCAGAGAGAUGGCUCAUUAAGCAAUUAGGGAAAGAUGACAGCGCCAAUGAUUCCUCUGAGGAUGAUGAUUUUGGUGGAUUCACAGGGAAAACCACAUCCGAAGGAUUAUUCCGCCCAGUUAGAGGUUCUUACAUUCCAUUCUCCGAUGGUGCUCGAUCUUGCUUAGGUCGAAGAUUGGCCCAAGUUGAGGUCAUGGGCGUACUUGCUGUAGUUUUGCAAAAUCACUCAAUGGAGCUUGCAGUCGAUGAGUGGGCUACAGAUGAAGAAGUUUUGAGGAUGUCCGUAGACGAGAAGAGGGAAUUGUAUAGUAAGGCGCAAAAGAAGGCAAGAGAGACGAUUAGAGGGGCUACGUCACUCAUCACUCUGAAACUGCACCCUGGUUUUAUUCCCGUACGACUGGUAAAAAAGGGGGAGGAACGCUUUGUAAAUAUUAUAGAUUAG